ACGACAGACGCGAACAAGGUACAUUUCGGAGUCAAAAACACAAACAUGAUCACCAUAGCAAUUGUAGCAAUACUCAUAGUUCUAUUUUAUCACUACGGUAAAAGAAACUUUGACUACUGGGCCAAGCAAGGAGUGAAGCAUGACCACCCGAUCCCCUUCUUCGGAACGGACGCUCGAAGAUACUUCCUCCAAAAAAGCGUCACAGAUAUGGCUGCAGAGGUCUACUGGAAGUACCCUAAGGAACGCUUCGUCGGAUACUUUCGAGGCAACAAACCGGAACUGGUAAUUCGUGACCCUGACCUCAUAAAACAGAUCAUCGUCAAUGACUUCACAUCCUUUUACCGACGUGGUCUCUCCCAGAAACACAAAGUUAUGGAGCCUCUAUUGCGCAAUUUGUUCUUCGUCGACGGUGACCUGUGGAGACUACUAAGGCAACGCAUGACUCCAGCAUUCAGCAGCGGGAAGCUUCGCGGUAUGUUCCCAUUGGUAUGUGAAAAGGCUACGAGACUCCAAACAAUGCUGACCAAAGCUGAGCAAUCGAAAACUCUAGACGCGAGAGACGUCAUGGCACGUUAUACUACAGACUUCAUCGGGUCUGUCGGCUUCGGUCUCGACCCUGACUCGAUAAAUGACGACAACUCAGAAUUCCGCAAACUAGGUUUGAAAAUCUUCGCCAUUACUCCAACUCGUGCUAUCACUACCAUUCUUAAAAGUUUGUUCCCUUAUAUCUUUAAGAAUUUGAAGUUUUUGGGACAAGAAGUAGAAGAUGAAAUAUUGGGGAUUGUCAACAGUAUUCAAAAGCAAAGGAAUUACAAGCCAUCUGGACGAAACGACUUUAUUGAUCUGUUACUAGAGUUGAAAGAGAAGGGUAAGAUUGUGGUGGAAUCACUAGAACGUGUCAAUAGGGACGGCACUCCGGAAACAGUAGAAAUGGAGAUGGAUGAUGAACUAAUGGCUGCUCAGGCAUUUAUAUUCUUCGCUGCUGGUUUUGAAACUUCGUCUUCAGCAACGAGUUUCACAUUGCAUCAACUCGCUUUUAAUCCCGAGGUACAAAAGAAAGUUCAAGCUGAUAUCGACAAAGUCCUGGCCAGAUACGACGACAAAUUAUGUUUCGACGCAAUCAAAGAAAUGCACUAUUUGGAAUGGACUUUCUUGGAGGCGAUGCGUAUGUUUCCUUCGAGCGGGUAUCUUAUGAGGCAGUGUACAAAGAAAUAUACUAUUCCUGGUACUUCCGUGACUAUAGACGAAGGAUUCAACGUCGUGAUUCCGUUGCAGGCGAUACACAAUGAUCCGCAGUAUUUCGAAAACCCGACAGAGUUUCGCCCUGAACGGUUCUCGCCAGAAGAAGUGGCUAAGAGACACAAGUAUGUCUAUUUGCCAUUCGGAGAAGGACCUCGCUCUUGCAUAGGUGGUCGUCUAGGCAAGAUGCAGUCUAUAGCGGGGUUGGCAGCCGUACUUUCAAGGUUUUCUGUGGUUCCUUCAGAGGAAACAAAAUUCCAUUUAGAGGCAGAUCCGAAGACGACUAUAGUUCAAAAUGUUGUUGGAGGUAUCCCUCUUAGGUUUGUCAAGAGAACAGAUGUUGGAGAUGUUGGUAAUGGGGAAAUACGUGAGACUGUAUUAUCCACUGAACAUAGCGAUAGGACUCUAGCGUAGGAAACAUAAGCUCACGACUACAUCCCAAUGGGAUAGUCAGAGGUACAUCCAUCGCAAGAUGAACCAAGUACCCACAUCUCACCGAGCUUACUGUUGGACCAACGUGAUAGUUGGUAAGUCGUAUCGCCGUCUAUAAUGGUCAAGCCACCUGUGUUAGCGAAACCUGCACUUAUGAUAAAUUUAUUUAUUUAUUUAUCUAAUAAUUACAACUAUAAGUUACCAUGUAACUUAGGCACAUAAAGUUAAUAUAAACUUAAAUUAUUAUUUCAAUAUUUACAGUAUUAUACUUAUAUACUAAACUUAUCAAUUACAAUUUUAAUUAUAGCCUCUGCGAACUUCGCCAAUGCACAAUUGAAUAGGUCUAUUUCUUUGGCAACCUCAUUUAAUAUAUUUAGACGGUGGUAACGGGAUCUUGCCUCAUUAUAUUAGUGCGACUCUUGGGUAUAUAAAAAAAUUGAUUCCGCGGACUAUGCCUCAGCCGUAGAUUUGGGACCUGCAGCCCGAUAGCUUGUAGGAUCGCAGGGUUAUGCAGGACCCUGCGAUCCUGCUUAAAUUAAUAACUCUUUAAUGCAAGUUCGGUACUUCGGGCUGGCGCUCCCCACUUGAGAAGCAAGCCAGUGUACAGAACCACAGUGAUUCUAGCUUAGAAAGUAAAUAUAAUUAAAAAUCGCAUUAUCUUUUGAUGCAUUUGUAGUUAUGUAGAAUCCGUUGGAUUCAUAAUGUAAAUCUCGAAACGUCAAAUUGUAUUCGUCAGUGUGAGGUACAUUUAUGUUUGUGUAAUUGUUAUUUACUGUUUUAAUAAUUUGUUGUUGUAAUAAUUAUUAGGGAUUAAUAAAACAUUUAUUAAAUAUACAUUAAUUUAAA